GAGAGAGAGAGAAUGUACUUCCUCGCCACCCGGUUUCCCCUCCUCAGCAGACCAGAUAGAAAGAGAGAGAGAAAGAGAGAGGUUUCUAUCCUAGAAAUCCCCAACAUGCCCUCUAUUCCCAGAAACUUCUCUCUCCCUCUCUCUCUCUACGGAACAAAAUGGCAUCUCCCUCUCCUCUUCCCCACCUUUCCCUUUCCCCUUCUUCCUGCGGCGCUAGGGUUCCGGGCUACCACCCUUCGCGGAAGUAGCGUAGCUUCCUCUGUUUUGCUUUUCUCGUCGGGUUCGAUUGUAGGCGAUCGUUUCUGGUGGUUCAGCUGCCACUUCUGCCCUCUCUGUGGGUACCACACGCUGUAAUUCUAGUAUGUUAUUAUAUCAUUUUGUUUUGAUCUGAGACAUUCCAGUAUCUGGAGGUGCUGAAUUGCCCUCAUGGAGGGAGCUGGUGGUUUGACAUUUGAUGGUGCAACUGCUGUAAGAAAACGCAGGAGCUUCUCAUCAAGGAGGCCUAGGUCUGAUUCACAGUUCUUCCAUGAUGGCCAUGAAUUUCCUUCAUUCUCUCCCACUUUCGGAUCUGACCCUAAAGCAGCGAGUGAUGACAAUUCGGGGGAUGAACCAGGUUAUAAGCAGAAAGAGUUAAAAUCCAUUAAUGGACUAGAAAGUGAGGGUACACCAUGGACAUCAAGUUCUGAAGAUUCAAAAAGUAGGCAAAAUAGUGAAACAAUUGAAGACUUUGAUGACAUUCCCAUGAAGGCUUCAGAGAAAUAUUAUGGCAGUAGUGGUGCACGAAAUAGUUCUGAGUUCAAACGAAGUAGCGAGGGGGUUCUUGCACCAGCCAAUUGGAAAAGUUCAAGUAAUCAGAGACAAAACCAGCUUCAUUCAACUGACAUGGGGUUUAAGCGAGUUAAGUCUGCUUCUGGAGAAUCAGAGAAGGGGGUUAGCGGUGGUAGGAAUGUGGACAGCAGAAGUCAUUCAGGAUCAGUAGGCACUUCAAAUGGCAUGAGAAGUGAGAAUGAUGUUGCUGUUGACAAUGGAAAGGGCUAUUCUUCUCAAGAAAAAAUGCUUAGAAAGGUGAAGCUCAAGGUUGGAGGAGUGACCCACACAAUUCAUACCAAAGCAACACAUGGCUCUAGUGGGAACCGCCGCAGCUCCCCACUUGGUUCUUCUACGAAGCCUCCACGUUCUUCAGAUGCAUCUAGACAGCGACACAAGCUAAUUGCACAGGAUGACUUGAAUGAUGAAGGUCAAUCACCUCCAGAUAGUGGAAAUGGCUCGCAAGGGAUUCCAUGGAAGGAUUUCAAAGAACCAGUUCGAAAGAGCAAACGGGUUCCAAAGAGGCGUGUCUUAGAUGGUGACUUUGAUGGUGAUGAUGAUGAUGAGAUUCGGUAUCUUGAAAGGCUGAAAACCUCAAAAACAAAUGCAGAUUAUGGUUCAGAGUAUGAUGAAGCUUAUCAAGAAGAAAGUCAUAAAAAAAGAACCUCAAGGGGUUCCAGAAAGCGUGCAGUUGACGAGUUUGAUGAAGAUGUUUAUGGAGGUAAAGCUUCAUCACGCAAGGAAAACAGUAAGAAAGCAAGAACAAGAGAUGCAGAUGACCUUUAUUGUGUUGAUGAAGAAGAGAGCAGUUUUGCAAAUGAAGAUGAUGAAUCCAUGGUUUUUAAUUCUGGGUCUAGAAGAAAGAAACCAAAGACUGGGCUUCCUCAUGGUCGGACUGAUGACAAGGAGAUUCCUCUCACAACUCGUCAGAGAGCACUUCAAUCGGGGAAAGAUGCAUCAUCUGGAGUUAGUUUAAUUGAGUUUCCUGAUGGGUUACCACCAGCUGCUCCAAGAAAACAAAAGGAAAAACUUUCUGAAGUGGAGCAGCAGUUAAAGAAGGCGGAGGCCGCUCAGAGACGCAGGAUGCAAGUAGAAAAAGCGGCAAGGGAAUCGGAGGCACAGGCAAUCAGGAAAAUACUUGGUCAGGAUGCAAAUGGGAAGAAACGGGAGGACAAGUUGAGGAAACGGAAAGAGGAAAUGGCUCAGGAGAAGGCUGCAAGAGCUAUGUCUCUUGCAUCAAACACUGUCAGGUGGGUGAUGGGACCAUCUGGAACUGUUGUUUCUUUCCCAAAAGAUGCUGAUCUCCCCAGUAUUUUUAACUCUCAACCCUGCAGCUAUCCCCCACCUCGGGAGAAAUGUGCAGGCCCUUCAUGCACAAACGCAUACAAGUACAGGGAUUCCAAAUCCAAACUUCCUCUUUGUAGUCUUCAGUGUUAUAAAGCAGUAAACAAGACGAUGGAGCCAGUUACAUCAUGUUGACCUCUUUCACACGGAUACAAAUAUUUGAUUGAUUCGACAGCAUACUCAUGUAACUAAAAUGUCAGGGUCGGAUUGUUCUCUUGACAUGUAAGGUACCUUACCCAAGUGUAUGCAAAUGGUAGGUCUGGUUAUUUUCUUGAUAUGUAAGGAAGGUACCUUAUAUACGUGCACUCAAAUAUACACAAAAUAAAUUUUCACUAAAAGCA